AUGCUUUUCGCUACUCUCACUCUCAUUUUGACCGCUCUAGCUCCGUUCACUGCCGCUCAGGUGAAGAAGGGUGACAAGAUCUCCGCCAAAGACCACCACAACUACGGUAACCAGAAGGGUACUUGGUACGCUUGGGACAAGAAUCACACCUUUAGGCCAGUGCCUUGCAAAACCACUGCGGACUGCGUGAAGGUCGCCAAGUCGGGCGUCAACCGGUACAAGAAGUGCCCAUUCCCAUUGACCAAGGACAAGCGUCUCUUCGACGUCGAUCUCAACCUCAAGUGGGGAGGCACUAUUUGCGAGGUGCCGCACAAGGAGAAGGUGCACGAGUGUACGUGUGGCGUUGACUUCGACGGCAGCGCCGCCCACGUCAAAAACUACUGCACGGAAUUCGUGAAGACACUCGGACGUGGGUGA